UCAAUGUUGGACGUGAUAUGACAGCGUCAGUGAUACUUCAUCCCCGCUGGAUCGACACGGUGAUGUUCGUCUACGACAACAGCUUGGAUGAAAUUAAUAAAAACAUGGAUGGAUUUUCGGGAGGGAAUUUCACGGCAAACCAGUGCAGGAAUUUGAUGGCCCAUCCAGCAUCCUUAGCCCCGAGCUCUGCCUACCCGUCGAGUGAAGUGCCAGCCUCUGGCAUUGCUGAACCUGUCAAACAGUGUAGCCCUUGUCCUGCUCAAACUUCGUCCAGUGCUUCUCUUCCGUAUGGAUACUUUGGGAGCAGUUACUACCCUUGCCGAAUGAGCCACCAUAGCAGCAUCAAGUCCUGCACUCAGCCCUCCACCUUGUCUGGGUAUCCAGCCGACAAGUACAUGGACACGUCUGCCGGCGAGGAAUUCACAUCCAGAGCCAAGGAGUUCGCUUUUUACCAGGGCUACGCGGGGCCAUACCAACCGAUGCCCAGCUAUUUAGAUGUACCUGUGGUCCCCACCAUCAGCGCCCCGGGAGAACCGAGACAUGAACCAUUACUACCCAUGGAAAGCUACCAGCCCUGGGCAAUUACUAAUGGGUGGAACAGUCAAGUCUGCUGUUCAAAAGAGCAACCGCAGGCUCCCCACCUCUGGAAAUCGACAUUGCCAGACGUCGUUUCGCAUCCUUCAGAUGCGAGCUCUUUUCGGCGUGGGAGAAAGAAAAGAGUCCCUUAUACAAAAGUGCAGUUGAAAGAACUUGAGAGGGAAUAUGCUACCAAUAAAUUCAUUACCAAGGACAAACGAAGGAGGAUAUCUGCAUCAACAAAUCUCUCUGAGAGACAAGUCACUAUUUGGUUUCAAAAUAGACGAGUCAAAGAAAAGAAAGUCCUCACUAAACUGAAAAGUAAUAGUUAGUGAAUACUUCCAGUAAAUUCCGGACUUAUUUUGAAAGUAUAAAUGAACUGAUCUGUGCCUGGAGAGAGAAAAAAAAACACCUCAGCUCAUUCCUUUGAAGCUAGAUUUUCCCCCCCUUUCUGUCUGCACAUUGCUUUUAACAGAAAUACACAAGCAAAAUAUGUAGGGUGGACAUUGUACAAAGAAUAUGUUAGAAACGGACUAACAUCCGCUCAGAGUAAAAACAAACCGCUUUAAUCUUGAAACUAGGGUUGUUUCUUUUUAACUGUAGCAAA